AUGAAUCGAAAACGUCGUUCUUCAGCCCGACCACAACAGACCUUUUAUCAAUACUUAGAAGACCUCCGUAGUCUGGAGAUGCACGAACGGUCUCAUCAGCAUGCAUCUAACCCUUUCCUAGAAGCCGAGCUAGAAUCAUCUGGCGGCGGUAACAACACAACCGCCACCGACUACCGUGUAUCUACCAGUCGCCCUAGAAUGGUAGGGGCUGGUACCUGGCUUAUUAUUGCUACCUCGCUCUCCGCCUUGAUCGCUUCCCUCACAUUCUUGUCCUGGCUCUGGUUUGUAGACCGUAAGAAUGAGUCGUGGCGAUAUUUGGUGCUUACGGGACGAGCGACCCAAUCCAUCACUCUUAUGUGCGUAUUCAUCAGAUGGUCGAUUGGGUCUCUCGCCGCUAUCACAACAUCUAUGGCUGCAUCCAUUUCUGCCGAAUUCCAUGGAAUCCCAAAACGCUCAGUCGCUGAAGUCUCUAUCGCCCGCUUCACAAACAAUGGACCACAGUCAUUCAAGAAGCUUCUACCGGGCACAGCACUCAGGGGCUGGAUCAAAGUCUGCAUGGCCAUUUUGUUCAUCCUCGUCGCGGCUUCUCAGCUUUUUUCUCAACCCUUCUUAGCAUGGCUCCACAACCCUGACGCACUUGCCAGCGAAGACCCCCUGGGUGAGACUGAUGACGAGUGGUCAAGGGCACCUAUGCAGUCACCCAUCUUUGCCGAAUAUUUAGAGCCUGGCCAGCUGAAGGAUAACAUCGAUGACACUGGCUAG